AUGUAUAUCCUUAACCAACACCAUUGGCUCUCACUCUCCAUUACUUAUUUCGUUCCCAAUGGAAAGGAAACCACAUACACACACACACGUACAAAGCAAAAUGUCCAGUCAAACAACACCGUCAAGAACAAACACAGGGAAUGCUGGCAAACCAUGAUAGGGUAUAAUCGGGGCAGUUCAAGUAGAGAAGCAUACGGGACUCUGUACUCCACUCUCCCAUUCCCAAACCAGUGCUCAGUGUUCACCAAAUGUAUACCGUGGUACACACAACACUCUGUAGACCUCUCCAGAAUGAGUCAGCUCCCGCAGAGAACACAGCAAUCAAAAUGA